AUGGCAAGCCCCGCCGCUGCUGGCACCCUCGCCGUUCUGCUGCCGCUUGGUGGCUUUAUCGGCUAUUCCCGUAAAGGCAGCAUCAUGAGCUUGGCAGCAGGAACGGUGACAGGGGCCAUCAUGGCCUAUUCUCUCGUCUACCUGCUGAGCGAUCCGCACGACAAGUGGGGCAACCGCAUUGCGGCAGUCACAACGCUGCUUUUGGCAGCCGUGAUGGGGGCUCGUUACGCAAAGGGACGGAAGAGCGCUUCCCUCAUCGUCAGUGUCAUGUCCGGACUGAGUUUCCUCCUGGCAUUUGGGCCCAACGCAUACUGA